AUGGCAGUGCUUUGGCAAUGGUGCUUCGUGGUGUUGACUCUUGUCUCGCAAUCAGCUGCACUGUCACACUCCCAACCAUCAUCAAAAUUCCAGCAAGUCACCAUUCCAGAAGCGAACCAAGUGGCCAAAGAUUUGGGAAUCCGUCCAGGAUCUUCCGCGCCGAGAAUCGUAUGGAAGUAUUCUUGGAGGAUGUUGGGAUAUGCGCUUCCAGUUCUCCAUGCCUUGGAUGAGGCUCGAUCCAAAGAUUUGGACUAUUCGUUGAAAUGUCUCUGGUGUAAAGCCUUGAGCGGCAGGGAUCGAAAGUCUCCAACAUUUGAUGACAAUGUCGCCUAUGACAUGUUGCCGAGUGUUUCAAGAAAAAUUCUUCAACUACCACGCAGACUGUAUCCCCGACUCAUUCACUUCAACAUUGAACUCCGAACAGUCUAUUUGGAUCGGGCAAUUCGAGAGGAAAUCAAACGUGUUACUUCCUCCAAGAAAAUCCGACUGAUCACCUUGGGAGCUGGAUAUGACACAAGGUCGGUCCGGUUCCUCGAGGAAGGAUUAGUACAUGAAGCCUGGGAACUGGAUAUGCCUCAAGUAUUGCAAUCAAAAGAAAUCAUGCUAGAUCGGCUGGGUAGGAGGCGUCCGUCCACGAAGCGACCAAACCUUGUGGCGCAAGACUUGAACGAUCUGUCAUCCUUUGUCGAAACAUUUGCAAACACCAUCCAAGAUAUCGACGACGAUGCAUCUUGGCACAAUAUUAUUGUACUGGAAGGCGUCCUCAUCUAUUUAAAUGAGGGAAUCCCUUCUUCUUUAUUGACCGUUUGCUCAAAACAGUCCCAGGAGAGAGAUUUGUCAGCUAGCCUUGUAUUUGCCGAUCUUUUUCGGGCUCUUCCGAGCCUGGAGGUUGGUGAAGUGGAAGCAUUCUUCAAGUCCAUGGGAUGGAGUCUCGAUAGGUCAUCGUGGUGUCCAAAACCUGGCUUGGCUAGGCAUAUGGGAGUAGCCCGAGUACUAUUAUGA